AUGCCGACGACGCGUAGAGCCAAUAAAGCGCUCAGCGGCGACGAAAAUGUGCGGUCUAACGGCGCGUCCGCGAAGACCGUGCCCGUGCGCGCCCGAGGCCCGUUCGUUCUCCCCGGCGCGGACGACGACGAUGAUCGCCACUCGAAGCCGUGCCCGGCGUGGACGUGCAGGGUGUGCUCGAUCGAGGACACACCGGAGUGGAUGAUUUGGAACAGACACGUGCGGAGCGGCUACCGGGUUGGCUUCGGCUGGCGCGGCGCCACUGCGAGCGUGUUUAAGUGGCACAACGACACGGUGAACAUAUGGAGUCAUUUAAUCGGGAUGGUGAUGUUCGUCGCGCUGAUCGUGCGGACGUUUCAGACGACGCACGCCGGGGUGGGAUUGUCGGCGCCGCCGGACUAUUGGGUAACGGGUGCGGACGUGGCGCGCGUGGAGAGGAUUCAGUACGCCACGCGAUGGAGACAGGACAUACGGCGAGAUAGAGAUGAUUUACGCGCGAUCGACGUGGAUCUACACGAGAAAGUUUUGAAGGGGAGCGCCGCAGGUCACGCUGUGCACGACGUCGCGCACGAGUUGCUCAACGUAACUCACGAGCUCGCGGAGCACUUGGAGACCGGCGAGGAAGCUUUCAAGGUGGAUAAGCGCCGAAUGAUUCUUAGACGAUCGCUCAUUAAAACGCAAAAGGUACUCACGGCGCUCGAGCGAUCGGGCGGUGAUGACUUCAGUGCAUUUGCCGAGCAGUGCAGAAAAUUGAGGACCAAGUUGAAGCAGCUUCAGCAACAUAUUGAACACGUGCCGGACGAUCCUGAGCCCGUGAAGCCGGUCGCACGAUGGCCAAUGUAUCUGUUCUUAGCCGGAGCGGUGUUGUGUCUAUCCUUGAGCGCGGUGUGUCACACGUAUUGCUGCGUUGGAAAGGUUGAAUCGGAACAGAUGUGGCGGCUCGACUACUUCGGCAUCGCGGUAUUGAUUGUUUCCAGUUUCUAUCCGAUCGUUCAUUAUCAGUAUUACUGCCUGCCGGGUUUCAGAUUCUUUUACCUGACGGGGGUCACCACAUUAGGGUGCCUCGCAUUGAUCCCUACUUACCUCAAGGCUUUCCAAAAGGUGGAAUAUGCGCAUCUGCGCGCAACGCUCUUCGUUGCCUUGGGUAGCUUUGGAAUUUUCCCUAUUUUUCAGCAGGUUUUUUUCGUUUGGCGCAUCACCCCGACUCCGGUCAUGGAAGCUUUUCGUUGGGAAAUGGCCAUGGCGGUGGGUUACAUUUCGGGUGCGGCUUUGUACGGGUUGCAAAUUCCCGAGCGCUUCCGUCCGGGAUCGUUUGAUCACUUUGGCUGCAGUCACAAUAUUUUCCAUUUCUUGGUGGUUUCCUCGGCGUGGUUCCACUACAGAGCGAGUAUGAUCUAUCUCACCUGGCGUGACAACUACACGUGCGAGGCCGAUCAUGAGUUGCUUCUCGACUGGUAUCACCUGGGAUCCCACUUCAAAUAUCCGUCUCAUUAG